AUGAUCUAAUAGGAACAGGGAAUGUUCACUUACUAAAUGAUAGCUUACUAGAUUGCUAAGAUGAUAUUUGGAAUUGAUCGAAAUUUGUAAAAAUAUUUUAAAGCAAUUUUCCAUGUUUAGGAUCAACUAUUAUUGAUAAACUCACUUUCAUGUUUAUAUUUAUUCAGACUAGUCUAAUUAAGGUAAUUAGCUAAUGAGACUCUCUUUUUUGUCUUUAAAAAAUUAAAAAAAAGGUAGAGUAAUAUAUUUGCCAAAAAUUGA